UUAGAAACACAUUUAGAGACCUAAUACAAAUAAUUGAUUUUAAACAAUUUAAACAAAUGUUUAACUUUCUCUUUAUUAAAGUUCUCUGCCCAUGCAUUAUUCAUUUGACCUCUCAUUUUCCUCUAUUGUCUCAACCUACUAAACCUGAAGCAAUUCACUUUUAACCAAUUGGAGCCUUCGGGGAAUAAGCUUGAAAAAAACUUUCAGUGGAACAGCAGUAGUUGAACUCCAGUUUUUAUCCAGCCCUCAGUCGACAGCCUAAAGAAGAUGGAAGUGUCUCACAGCUGCUUGAAAUCAGGAAGGAUCUGGCUGAUUUUGGCUUCUUUAGCCUUAUUCCUGGUUAUCUGUGAUGCAAGAUCGAAGGCUUCCAGAGGAGUAGCGGUUCCUUUUGUCUUUGAUCCGAAGGCAUUUUGUGACCCUCCAUGUCAGCAUGCAGGGCUCUGCAUCAGGAACAGCACCUGCUUCUGCUCCAAGGGCUAUGAGGGGGACCUAUGCCAAUAUGCUAACUGUUAUCCAAAGUGUAAAAAUGGGGGAGAGUGUCUGAGGCCUGGAAAAUGCAGAUGUCUACCGGGAUAUGGAGGAAAAUACUGUCAUAAAGUCUCUUGUGAGGGCGGGUGUUGGAAUGGUGGUGAAUGCAUCUCUGUGAACAGCAUUGUGAAGUGUCUUUGUCCCUCUAGCUGGACAGGCUCAAAAUGUCAAGAUGCAAUCUGUCCUCAGGGAUGCAGAAAUGGUGGAAGUUGUGUUGCACCUGGUAUCUGUAGCUGUCCAGAAGGAUGGGUGGGAGGAGCGUGUCAUAAAGCUAUUUGCCGACAUCCUUGUCUAAAUGGAGGAAAGUGUGUUGCUCCAAAUGUCUGUAGGUGCCGUGGCCCUUAUUCUGGAGUGCAGUGCAGAGAGAAGGAGGUACACUGAACACUUUCUGGGAAGGCUGAAGCUGUCCAAGCAUUUCAACAAAGCAUUUGUUUGGAAUAGUAAAUAUAAGGAAGACAUACCGAUUGGAUAGACGUAGAAGAAAAGCAUUGUUUAUUAAACUGAAUUGUAUCACAGUGUUUUUGUUAGUCAUUCAUUUCCUAAUUGUAACCUUGCUGAAUUUUUAAAUAAAAAAUAA